AUGUGCUACGACCGCUACGUGUCCAUCUGCAAACCCCUGCACUACGGGACCCUUCUGGGCAGCAGAGCUUGUGCCCACAUGGCAGCAGCUGCCUGGGCCAGUGCCUUUCUCUAUUCACUGCUGCACACGGCCAAUACAUUUUCCCUGCCCCUGUGCCAUGGCAAUGCCCUGGGCCAGUUCUUCUGUGAAAUCCCCCAGAUCCUCAAGCUCUCCUGCUCCAAAUCCUAUCUCAGGGAACUUGGAUUUCUUGUGGUUACUAGCAGUUUAUCAUUUGGUAGUUUUGUGUUCAUUGUUUUCUCCUAUGUGCAGACCUUCAGGGCUGUGCUGAGGAUCCCCUCUGAGCAGGGACGGCACAAAGCCUUUUCCACCUGCCUCCCUCACCUGGCUGUGCUCUCCCUGUUUGUCAGCACUGCAACAUUUGCCUACCUGAAGCCCCCCUCCAUCUCCUCCCCAUCUCUGGAUCUGGCUCUGUCAAUUCUGUACUCAGUGGUGCCGCCCGCCCUGAACCCCCUCAUCUAC